AUGGGUUGGCAAAAACGAAAUAUACUUAAAGUAUGUGAAAACGUUUUCGCUACUUUCGUUGUCUUAGCAUGUCUCUUUACGUUGAUGACGUCAUUGUCGUCUUCAAAGCUUUACAAAAAAGUAAGAUCAUCAUCCGGACGUAAACACGGUGUGUUAAAGGAAGCGAAAGAAAGUUUCCGAAUGGCCAUGGGAACGAAUUUAGAUGAUCAUGACGUGAAGAUAGGAUAUACGACGCCGAAACGUCCGGAACAGAAAGUUGAUCGCCCUGAUCCAUAUGUUGAUCCGUUUCAUCAGUGGUUCAGGGAGCGAAAUGUUGUUAAGUACAGCGCUAAAGGUAAACAUCCGGUGUUACCGGAAACGGAAGUAAUCAAUAACAAAGGCGUGUGUAAGAGUGACCCGGUUGAUAUAUUGAUAUAUUUUCAAAGUCGAUGGGACCAUUUUAAGCGUCGUUCUGUCUUAAGAGAGACAUGGGCGAGUUCAAAGACAUUCAAGGAUAUACAGAUUAAAACUAUAUUUGUGUUGGGAAAGUCUCCCGUCAAAGAAGACCAGGUGAAAAUAAACAAUGAGAACCUUCUCUAUCACGACAUAAUCCAAGGGGAUUUCGUAGAUAGUAUCGCUAAUCUCACAAUGAAAAGUAUCCUCGCCAUGAAAUGGAUAAAUGAGAAUUGUAUACAGGCUAAGUUCAUUCUCAAGGCAGAUGAUGACAUGUUUGUCAAUAUAUUUGCUUUAAUUGAAUAUCUAAUCUCGCAAAUUUACGAGAAGAAUAAAGUUGUAAUGUGUCACGCCAAGGAAAACGACACUAGUCCCAUCGAAAGGAACAAGAAUAGUAAAUGGUAUGUACCACCCAAUGUGUUUCCUGGCAGGAAACGCUUUCCGCGUUUCUGUAGUGGUUAUACAUCAAUCUUCACUGCUGAUCUGGUCCCAGAAUUAUACAAAGCAUCAUUUUCAAAUCCAUAUUUUUCUGUGGACGAUGCAUACCUUUUCGGUCUGUUGAUGGAAAAAAUUAAGGAUGUGAUGUUUUUUGAUAUUCAAGACAAUAUGACACUAAACCAGAAGUCAGCCUUAGAAGAAUACACAGGUGGCGGUGCCAUAGAACAUGUGGCGAGCAACGCCUGGGAGGACGGGGCUCUUGAAAAGUUUUGGCAAGCAACUCUCUCAAAACUGACGAAAUGGUCCAAGACCCAUGCAAACGUAGCUAUUGUUCAGCAAAACAGAAAUGACGUCAUGGGACGUUAAGUUAUAUUUAAAGGUCAAUUAUUAUAAUAUCUCAUAGCAUACAGCAAAACAAAACG